AUGGCUGCUACUGUCGGCUCGCUCAGUGAGUUCUCCGAGAAGGAUGGUGACUGGGUGGAAUAUGUCGAGAGACUGGAGCACUUUUUCCUGGCUAAUGACAUUGUGGAUGAGGAGAAACAACGAUCAAUCCUCCUGAGUGUGUGCGGGGCUAAAACGUACAGAUUGAUCCGAAAUCUUGCAACGCCGCAGAAACCGGGAGAGAUCGGGUUCAAAGAAAUUGUGGAGAUGGUGCAAAAUCACCUCAAUCCCAAGCCCUCGGUGAUUGUGCAGCGCUUCAAGUUUCACACGCAUUCACGCAAGUCAGGAGUGACAGUGGCGGAGUUUGUAGCGGAACUGAGGCAGCUUUCCGAGCACUGUGAGUUCAGGGCAGUGCUGGAGGACAUGUUGCGGGACAGGUUAGUCUGUGGAAUUAACGAUGACGUCAUACAGCGCCGCUUAUUGGGUGAAGCCACACUGACUUUCAAAAAGGCUUUGGACAUUGCCCUAGCCAUGGAGACGGCGGCAAACAACACGAUGGACAUAAAAAAUGCAGGGGGAGGGACGCUAUCAGAUACUGCCCAUUUUGUAGCAAAAGAAUGCAAAAGUAGUUCAGGAAGACCCACAGAGUGUUAUCGUUGUGGGGGUCCGCAUUUUGCGAAUGACUGUGGCUUUAAAGACGCUGUUUGCCAUAAUUGCCAGAAAAGGGGGCAUAUUGCAAAAAAGUGCAGGGGUGCUAAACAUAAACAGACAAAAGGAUGGGGAAAAGCACCUAAGCCCAACACACAUCACCUGCAGAGUGAGGAUUUUGAGGAGCAGUGCUCAUUCAACAUGUUUAAUAUCCGUGGCCAGCCCCGGGCUCAGCCCAUAUAUGCAACAAUUAAGGUGAAUGGCGAAGAGCUGAACAUGGAAGUGGACACUGGGGCCUCAGCUUCAGUAAUCAGUCAAACCACAUUCAACAGGUUGUGGAGCUCAGGGGGUGCACCUGCAAUGGAAGAGACAAGUAUUAGGCUCAGAACGUACACGGGUGAGUGCAUUCCACUCGUGGGGGCUAUCAAGGUGGACAUUGUAUAUCAAGAACAGCAGGCCGCGGUGACACUGCUUGUGGUCGAGGGGGAGGGACCGAGCUUGUUGGGGCGGGAUCUCCUCCAGAAAAUUCACCUGAAUUGGGGACAGAUCUGGGGUGAAAUCAAACAUACCACUGUGGUACAGGACAUCAUAGGGAAAUAUGCUGAUGUCUUUAAAGAGGAAUUGGGUACCCUCCGAGGGACCACAGUUAAACUGUGUGUGGACCCCAAAGCACAACCGCGUUUCUUCAAACCACGAACAGUACCAUAUGCCAUGAAAGCUAAGGUUGAGGCGGAGUUGGAAAGGCUACAAAGGGCAGGGGUGAUUGAGCCUGUGGAGUUUUCUGACUGGGCAGCCCCAAUAGUGCCAGUGGUGAAGGAGGACGGGGAAGUGCGCAUAUGUGGGGAUUACAAAAUGACCAUUAAUCAGGCCUCACAGCUCGACACCUACCCCCUACCGCGAGUGGAGGACCUAUUUGCUACACUAGCAGGUGGAAAAACAUUCACUAAACUAGACAUGAGUCACGCAUAUCAGCAACUUUUGCUAGAUGAAGACUCUAAGCAAUAUGUGACUAUAAACACUCACAAGGGGCUAUUCAAGUAUAACCGCCUGGUGUUUGGCGUUGCCUCAAGCCCGGCUAUUUUCCAACGCACCAUGGACAAUCUGUUUCAGAACAUUCCCCAGGUUGCCGUCUACCUGGAUGACAUUCUCGUCACAGGUAAAACAGAAGAGGAACACUUGCAAAACCUUGACCUGGUGUUAAAGAGAAUGUCUGAGGCUGGGCUGCGUCUGAAAUGCAGUAAGUGUGUUUUUCAAGCUCCAAGUGUCACAUAUCUGGGCCAUCGGAUUUCAGCUCAGGGCUUGUCUCCAGUCGAAGACAAAGUGAGAGCAAUUAAGGAAGCCCCAACACCAAAGGACAUUGCAGAGCUUAGGUCGUUUCUGGGUCUAGUGAACUAUUAUGGGAAGUUUUUACCAGACCUCUCGACCGUACUGGCCCCACUCUACCAGCUGCUACACAAAGGCUGUGUGUGGAGAUGGCAGCAGGAUCAGGACAACGCUUUCCAGCACGUAAAGGGACUGUUACACUCAACACGACUGCUGGUACAUUUUGACCCAGACAAGGAGGUCAUUCUAUCGUGUGAUGCCUCCCCGUAUGGACUGGGGGCAGUUCUUUCGCACCGCAUGGAGGAUGGAAGUGAGAAGCCAAUCAGCUAUGUGUCACGUACUCUUACUGCAGCAGAAAAGGGGUACUCGCAAUUAGAGAAGGAGGGCCUGGCGGUUGUUUUUGCAGUAAAGCGUUUCCACCACUACCUGUUUGGUCGCCCUUUUACCAUCUUCACAGACCAUAAGCCUCUAAUGGGUCUGUUCAGUGAGACAAAGGGCAUUCCACCCAUGGCCUCAGCAAGAAUACAGCGCUGGGCAUUAACCCUGUCAGCAUACCAGUACAGCAUAGAGUACAAGGUGGGUAGCGACAAUGCAAAUGCUGAUGCUUUUAGCCGUCUGCCUCUCCCAGACACACCACACCACACAGGCUUUCCCCCAGAGACUGUUUUUCUGAUGGACAGACUGUCACAGGCUCCAGUGACAGCAAAGCAAAUAAAGCUGUGGACUGAAAGAGACCCAGUGUUGUCGCAGGUGAAGAGGUGGGUGAUGCAGGGGUGGCCUGCCACUGUGGAACAGGAGGGGUUCAAACCUUACGUCAAGCGCAAACUUGAAUUAAGUGUCCUUGAUGGCUGUCUCCUCUGGGGUUCCAGAGUGAUUGUCCCACCUCCAGGGCGGGCUCAAGUGAUGGACGAGCUACAUGAGGCCCACCCCGGGGUUUCCCGUAUGAAAAGUCUCGCCAGAUCAUUUGUGUGGUGGCCUGGGAUGGACUGUGCUUUAGAAGAAAAGGUGAAGGUAUGUUCGCAGUGUCAAAGCAACCUGAAGAUGCCAGCGGCAGCGCCACUACACCCAUGGCAGUGGCCCGGCCGUCCGUGGUCCAGGCUUCACCUGGAUUUUGCUGGCCCAUUUAUGGGUCGGAUGUUUUUAGUGCUAGUGGAUGCGCACUCCAAGUGGCUCGAGGCACAUAUCAUGUCAAAUAUUACUGCACUUACUACUACAGACACACUGAGAAGCAUUUUCGCAACACAUGGGCUGCCAGACACAAUUGUGACAGACAAUGGGCCCACUUUCACCAGUGAGGUUUUCAAGGAGUUUAUGGAUAGAAACGGGAUUCGUCAUGUCUGCACUGCUCCCUAUCAUCCCGCGUCCAAUGGCUUGGCAGAGCGGGCUGUGGAGACUUUCAAAGAGGGGCUGCGGAAGAUGUCGGGACAAUCGGUGGAAACCAAGCUCGCACGCUUCCUGUUUCAAUACAGGAUUACUCCACACACAACUACGGGAGUGUCUCCAGCUGAGAUGUUGCUGGGGAGGAGACCAAAGUCUCAUCUGGACCUCCUCCAGCCAGACAUCAGAGCGAGGGUUGCCAGGUAUCAGGAGGAGCAAAAAGCAAGGCGGGACCAACAUGCCAAAGAGAGACAUUUUCACCCAGGGGACAGAGUGUAUGUCAAGAACUUUGCCAUAGGUUCACCCUGGUUGCCAGGGGUAAUCCACCGCCAGACAGGGCCAGUAUCUUUUGUUGUGGAAUUAUGUGAUGGUAGGCAGGUGCGCAGGCACCAAGAUCACUUGCGGGUCCGCCAUGAUGGGGGAGGGAAGAGUUCUCACGGUUCUCACGGGGUUUCAUGCAAAGUCAGUGGGAGCGGCUCUGCAGAGGCCGUGCCAAUAGCUCCAGGGCACGCGGAAAUGUCACAUGAGGGUCUGUCUGAGCCCUCAGAGGAGGCACCUGAUGAAUUGUCGGAGCAGGCAGCUACGGCUGACCCUGCUCAGAGCAUACCUGGGGGACCAGAGCCUGCCUCCAGUUCUGAGGACACCAUUACUGAGCUUAGGAGAUCUAAGAGACAACACAAGCCUCCAAACAGACUGACAUGUUGA